GCCCGGGUGUAGGGUAGCAAGAACCACAAAGUGAUUUAAGAGAGUUUAUUAUUUGAGCUGUAAUUUCACCUGUUGAUGGAAACCUAUCACAAAAGAUGAAGUUGAAGAGGUUUCAAAGGAAAAGGUUGCCACUUUGAUGGGAAUCCCAAGACCCAGGAAACGGGUCCGUGCGAUCCGCCGUGCUCCGGACGGAAGCGCCUUCCAGCCCUGCGAUGGGUGUGGUAUUUCUGUGGCGGUGGCUUUGGCUGACAUGCACGAGUGUGAGACGGAGAAGGAGGAGGUGAAGAGAUUCAAAGGUGUUUGUGCAAAACAAAAUGUGAUUGAUCAGAGCUGCAACGAUCAACCCAGAUCGGCUUUUCGGCUAUUCAUGGAAAGCUUUGUAAAUAUCUGCAGCAAGCAUGGGAAAUUCAUUGAUAUUGAUCAAUGCGGGUUUGAGUCGUGGAAGAAUAUGUCGGAGGAGGAGAGACAACCCUAUGUCUAUGAAGCUGAAGUGGUGAACGAAGCAAACACCAAAGCCUUGCGUUUGGAAGAGAUUGCCUAUAUGAUAAAGGUUGAUCAGGAGGCGGAUUCAGCGACUGUUGGAAAAUGUGAUCAGGGAAAUAGUACAGAUGCGGAUUCUUUAGGAGUACCAAUGAAGAUUUUCCUCGACGGUUCCUCUUCUUAUUGAAAAAGUUUGGAUGAUUGGACCAUAAUAUCGACAAGAAUCUUGUGGAGAAAUUUUGCCAUUACCUCUUUGCAAAAGGCAAGUCAUUUGGCUAUUGUACAGAUGCUUUUAGCCCUUUAGGGUUCUUACCAAUAGUCUGCCACUUGCUCUAUAGAGCUUUUUCACAUUUUGGGGUCUUGAUGGUUAUCAGAUAUCAGCUUGAGGCAGUGAGAAGCUUGGAUUCAAAGAAGCCUUUUGUCCAUAUUUUUGUCUUGAAAUUUUAUUUUGAAAGAAACUCAUUUGUUCCAGUCUAUUAGAAGUUUGUUGCUGUAAGCUUAUGUAAGCAUAUGCCUCUGUUGAAAAAGGAGUUUUUCCUGCUAUUAGCUACUUGAACCAAAACAUAAUUUAAUGGCUUGGAUUUCAUAGAUUUUAUUGGUAGGGCUUGUUCAAUAUCCCUGUUACCAUCAUGUGCAUAUUUCUGGUUCUCAGUA